UAGAGCCUAUAAUGAAAUAUGAUAUACCGUUCUGUAAUAAAAAUGGCCAUUUAACACAUUUGCACAUUAUGUAUGGGAAUCCAUCCAUUUUCUGUAGCCCUUAUUCUCAUUAGGGCUGUAGUUGAGCUGGAGCCCAUCGUAGCUGACUUUGGGCAACAGGCUUUGCACAUCAUGCAAUGAUCACCAUCUGAUUUCAACAGAAUAUCAAUAUUUCGUGGAAAACAAGAUACAAUAUCCAUGUUUUGUACAAUAGCUUCAAAAUCGGUAAUCUGAUUCAUGUACUCCAGUUUCUAGUUUAAUGGCAAUUACUAUAGGGUUGUGCCAUUCUGGGACGAAUAACAGGUUUUCAUUGACACCGUUUUAGUGAACGAUUUCAGAGCACUUUGUGAAAAUGCAGUAUAUUCUCUUUGUAUUUGCUAAAUGUUGUCCUGUGUCAUCAUUGUCAUCAUUCCAUCUAGCACAACAAAGAGUCAAAGUAUACGUAGCUCCUUACACCAACAAACGUCUCGACCCCUCUGUUCAAAUGCCAGGCCUGCAUGAUUAAACAAACAAAAAAUUGGCCCCAAUCAUUCCCUUUUGCGUCAGUCCAUGUCAGAUGAACUCAGGCCCGGAAAAGCUGGCCACGAUUGUUGCUGUUAUAUGGCUUUCGCUUGACAUGGUUGAGUUUUAACUUGCAUUUGUUGAUGUAGCGAUUAAGUGUGUCAAUUGACAAUGUCGUUCCUGAGCCCGCAUGGCAAUAUCCUUGGUUAGUGAUGCCCGAGGAAUGAAAGGUCUCGGCAUUCAGUGUUUGUUUUCAGAUUUGGCACUUGCAGCGACACAUUCAGAUUCUUUUAUCCUUUGAUGUUAUUUUGAAGUGGAAAUGAUGAAAUUUCAUGCACUUGCACGUUAACAAACGUUCCUAAUCUGUUGGACUAUUUGUUUACGCAGGUGUGGUACCUGCAUACUAGCAUAGUCAGAGUUGCAAAGGGUAAAUGGAGUGCAUUGUGCUUUAUCAAAACCAUUUAAACUCUCAGUGGGCGCCUCCUUGAGAUUAACAACCAGCUCUUAUGCAAAAGAAGUUGGAUGUAUCCCCCAAUACUUUCUGAACUACUACUUCCAUUCAAGUAAGUGACAUUACUGAUAUAUAAAUAUGUGACUGUCAGUGGGAAAAAACAGACGACUGAGUCUGAUUCUGCAGAAAUGGACAUAGAGGAUUUUGAUCAGGUUCAGGGGGACCCUGGUGGGAUUAAGGAGGUGGUCUUUUAUUUUAGUUGGUAAGGGAGCGAGUAUAUAUAGAUGUAUGGAAUGUACAUAUGGCAUCUAUAUAGAAACUCUUGUUGAAUUUCUUGAAUUGUUUUUGUCUUCUGGAAAAUUUCAGGAACAAUACUCAUAGUGUGUGUGUGUGUUUUGUGUGUGUGUGUUUGUGUGUGCAGCAGGCUACUAUCAAACCUUCAAUGGGUCAUCAGGAAGGUGCAAUGUCAGUUGCAACAGCAGUUUAAGAGUGCAACAGAUAAAGAGUACGUCUGUCAUGUGUCAUCGUGGCAGAUGAAUGGCAGACGCGGGAAAUGCUGCAUUGCUUCCCAUCUGGGUGACGCACUGAGUGUAUCUCCGGGUCAGGCAAAGAAGCUCUGGAAUGAGAGCGACAGUCGCGAGUUCAGGUGGUGAGCAGGAAUGUUCUUCCCAAUGGCACGCAGGCCAUUUUAUUAUCACGGCAGGAAACAGUGAGGGCACGGUGAGCUAUACACACAUGUACACAUUGAAUCAUUGCAUCUCACUCAGAUAUUAAAAUCUGCCAGUGAAGGACUGUCCACAUGAAAUCUUGACAUGCCAUUAAUAUCCAAUUUAUAUUCCUAUAGACUUGACAGUAUAGUGCAAUGUGCAACACACACAUCUCUAUUGUACUCAUCAGGAAAUGAAGUGAAAAGAUUUGAGCAUCCUUCAUUUUUGGUCAUUGGGACUCACAGCUCAUUACAUUUCAAUUUCACUUGGACAAGUGUUUUAAUGUCCUCUAAUAUGCCAUGGCAUUGCCACACUGGUGUACUUUGUCAAAAAGAAAUGCUCAAUGGCGCAUCAACAACGGCGUGCAGAACGCUGCCAUUUACAAACCAAAUAAACAAAUGAAAAAAAAUCAACUCUGGUGCACCCACCCAAACAAAAUAGCGCUUCCACAAGGAAGAGGCUACAGGAUAGUGUUUACAAAAUCCUCAUUAAGGAAGUUGUGAGAUAACACAUGCUCAGCAUCACACAAAGUGGAGGGCACGCACACACACACACACACACACACGCACACACACACAUGCACACACACACACGCACGCACAGAGCAAAGCAAAGCCUACCAUAUCGUAGAUAAGAGACUGAGAGAAAAAGCUGGGAAGGGAGCGUAAAGCAUAGAAAGAAAGUACAAGACAACAGAGAUGACAAGGUGGACCUCUGUCACACUGCCACUGGACCUGUAGCUCAAUAGCUGUGCCCAAGACUAAAUGCUACGCCAACAGCAAAGCUGCAAAAGGCUUACUGCAGGCACUAUACAUUGUCACAGCAAAGGUCAACAACGCUUUUUAUUGACCGUGACAACAAGACACUAACUGCAAUUUUUUUCUCCAUGGCGAGAAUUUGGGUUUCUCUUCUGGGAACCUUUUGCAGCACUAAGACUUUGCUUUUGCUAUUCUCUCUACUGUUGCUCCGAGGCCCUCUUUGUGGCGAGAGCAGCCCGAUUUCCAACACUGACCGGAGGCUUCGACCCACUCCGGGGCUGGGAGACGGACUGGGAACGGUGGUGGACCCGUCCCAAGCGGAGCAGGACAACAAUCUGAUCAUGCAGGGUGUGCUGGCGAGCCUGAAAGAGCAGUUCCUGCAGACCUUCAACCUGUCUGGCUUGGGUCCACCUCCACUGCCACCUGGAAGCAUACGAGAAGAGCCACCGGAGUACAUGAUGGAGCUCUACAACCGCUUUGCCAAUGACCGCUCCUCUGCGCCCAGUGCCAGCAUCAUCCGCAGCUUCAUAAAUGAGGAUUCCUCUUCAAGCACGGUUGGUAUUGGGGGAGUAAGGCGCCACCCACUCCUCUUCAACGUGUCAGUCCCCCAUCACGAACACAUCACGGCAGCCGAGCUCCGCCUCUACACGCUCAUCCAGUCUGAUCGCCAUCUGUUUGCCGGCGUCGACCGCAAAGUGACUAUUUACGAAGUGGUACGUCAUGAUGAAGAUGACAACAGCACAGAGGAGAAUUUCGCAAGAGGAGAUGACUUUGAGGUUGAAAUGGAUCGUUUGGAGCUGGUGGAGUUGGCUUCAAGACAAGUGUAUGGCACUGACAACAGCUGGGAAGCAUUCAACCUCACUGCUUCGGUGCAGCGGUGGCGUAAGUCUGAGCACGGAACCACACAUCGUUUAGAGGUGCACAUUGCCAGCGUGGCCGGUGAAGAUGACACGCAACGUGUCACACACCAAAGCAAAAAUGGGAAAACUGAAGGGGACAUGAAGAUUGACACAAACGUGAAGGACAAACACAAGCCUCUGUUGAUUGUCUUCUCCAACGAUGAAAGCAGUGACCAUCGAGACAACAAGCACGAGCUGGAAGAGAUGAUUGACCACGAAACCUCCAACGUGAUCCUGCAAAAUGACUUGGAGAAUGACUUGUGGGGCGAUCUGGACGGCCACGGCGAGUCAGAGCCAGAUGAGGCCGACCUUCUCCAAAUGCGCUCCAAUCUGAUCUACGACACAAGCUCACGCAUCCGUCGGAACGCCAAGGGAAACCACUGCAGGAGACAACCUCUUCACGUAGAGUUCAAGGAUAUUGGAUGGGACAGUUGGAUCCUGGCGCCCACCAGUUAUGACGCCUACGAGUGCUCCGGGACUUGCUCAUUCCCGCUAACAAAGCACGUCACGCCCACGAAACACGCCAUCGUCCAAACGCUGGUCAACAUCCACAGUCCUCAGAAAACAGCGCGAGCGUGUUGCGUGCCCACCAAGCUGGAUCCCAUCUCACUCCUGUACCUGGACGACACAGGCGUGGUCACGUACAAGCACAAGUACGAAGGCAUGGCUGUGGCCGAGUGUGGCUGUAGAUAG